AUGUGGUACUCAGUUCAAACCUAUCUAUCAGGCUGCUCGUACAAUCAUCAUGUGGCAGAUAUGGAAAAGAAGGAACAUUGGCCUCUUUUGGUUCAAUUUUUGGAGAAGUAUAAUCCACAAGUAACCAGCAAAGCAGUAGCAUGGAAUUAUCCUCCGAAUGGUUGGUAUAAGUGUAAUACAGAUGAGGCAUACCAGAGCAACACAAGUCAAAGUUCAUCAGGAUUUUGUAUCAGGAAUAGUGAUGGAAAUUUAGUGCAUGCAUGGGCAAGCAUUAUACCAGAAGCAUCUUGCAUUGUUGCUGAAGCAAAAGCAAUCCUUGAAGGGGUAGAGUAUUAUGUUGUACAUCAUUUUCUUCCUCUGAUAGUGGAAACAAACUCACUCUUGAUGACAAAAGUAUUGAAUGAUGAAUGA